AUGAAGGCCGAUGGUUCGAAAGACACUGAGACACCUCUGGAAGAAGCAGGUCAAAGUCAAGAGAACAUUAAUCGAGUGAUGGAGCAGGGACAACAUCUAAAGCAAACUAAGGGUACCGCUUCUAGUUCACUUUCCCGUCCGGCGGUGGCGGUGUCCUCCUCUGGACCCUCAACUAUUAUUCAGCAAGUGGGUAUGCCACUUCCGCCACGGCAGAAGGAGAAUACAGCAAUUGAGGACAUCCAAAGUGACAUGGCAACUAUGAAAGGACACUUCAUUAGACCUCCGGAUCAAGUGUGUAAGCUGAAAGAUAUUCCGAUGGAAUUUUCAAUAGGGAAGAACACAGAGAACACCAAGGAGAACCUCACGAAUGAGGUUUCUCCGAGCUGA